UAGUUUUGCUAGGAGAGAUGUUGUUGAGAUGAUAGAUGCUGUUGUAGAUGAUGGGAGUGAUUCGGAUGAGAAGUCGUCUCUCUUUAUAUGUUCCACUGUCACAUCGUGAAAUGUCUCCAACAGCGAGUCUCCCAUUGUCCUGAUCAUUUGAUUCGGGAGUCACGGAGCACGGUGUCUGCUUUCUUCUCUCCCAACAUUGUAUGCCAUCAACAAGUGCACACGGGGCACUGUUUGAAAUAUCGUCCCAUCGUGCCGGGGUUUGGCACGCUGAUAAGGUGGGCUUGAGCGUUGCAGAUGUGGAGGAGACGUGAGGAGUACUGCAUAAGGCGACAAGCCAAGCCCCUCAUA